AAGAAGAAGAACAAAAAGGGGGGGAGCAGAGAAACAAAAACAGACCACAAUGUACCUCUAAACUCCCUUUCUGUUUUCCCCCUUUUUGUCUUGAAUUGUAAGUUUUGUAAUACCCAAAAACAGCAAAACCUCCACCGUCUGUCGUUUGUCGCCAUUCUUUCUCAUCACGUACGUCUAAGAUGAGCGAGCCAUAUAAAACGAUUAGUACAGUUAAGCCGGCGCAAGUGUUUUUGAAGAAAACUAUUGAUAAGACAAAGAAGUUCCUACUCAAAACACUCGAAACCCUGAAAUCGUUCCUGUUUCGGGGCUACAAGAAUGCCGAUCAACUCCCCCAAUUAAAGAGCGUCAACAGGAUUUCAGACAGCGCCAUUAAAGAGCUGGAUGAUUUCUACAGAAGCUGGUCUCAACGGUGGGAGUCUGAGAAGACAGAAUCUGGGAAAAAGCGAAGUGGAGGGAGUGGUGAAUGUGUUAUUGCGAUCCAAAAGAAUGUUAAAAGGACGAAAGAUGGCGAAGAAGAGAGGAGGUGUGAUGAUGAAGUGAAAAGAUCGAGAAGAGAGGCGUUUUCGCAGUGUGGGAAUAAAGGGAGCAGUCGGAGUUUGGCAAAGAAGAUGGAGGAGCUGGAGAUGAUGGAUAUGGAAGAUGUGGAUCAAGUGUUGGACAUUGAAGAAGUUCUGCACUACUAUUCUCGACUCAACUGUCCGCUUUACCUGGACAUUGUGGACACCUUUUUCAUGGACAUGUACACUGAGUUCUCCCUCCCACCGCCUACUAUAAGCCGUGUCAACAGUUCAAGGAGAAGUCUUGGUCCGAUUAAGCUCUAGAAACUCAAACUGCGCCGUUCUAUGUAAACCCAGGUCUGGAUUGUUUCGGUUACGUUUAGUUUGUACAUUGCUGCAAAUUUCCAGCCGUGUGAACAUUGCCAACUUCAAUAAUAUGCUGUGGAAUUAAUUGAACGUUGUUCAUUUCCGUCGACUGUUUAUGGCGUGUAUUUGGAUAGCUAAUGCAGAAUAAACAUUUCAGUAAUUUUAUAA